AGCCCGCACACCUCCACAAGAGCGAGUCUACACAGUAGACACACCACACUCUCAAAGACCACUUACACGUGCCUGACCAAGGCAUAACCUAACCUCUCUAGUUCUCGUCUGCCAAGUUCGCUGCUGCUGAGUACGACCCAAAGUCACCCAUCUGCCCGGCCUGACUGGCUUGCGCUGCGUGAGUUACGGAUCCAUUUGAUAGCCCAUACUGGCAACAACAACAAUCUAUCGACAACGACAACCAUAUUCCGGACUCCCCUCCCCCACGAUGCUGUCCAAUCCGCCCCAGAGCGGUCUUCAGGGCCGAAGCCGUCACCACAGACGGCAAAACUCGACGCCAACAGGCUCGGCCUUCGAGGCCAUGAAGAUCGCCGCCAGCAAUAACCUGCCCAACAACCUGCACCCACACCAACAGAUGCAGCAGCAACAACAACACCAACAACAACAACAACACAUCCAAGGACGGCAACGGGUAUUACAUCGACGAGGCAUGAGCCUAGAUACCCGACGACAACAGAUACAAUCACCGUCCUUUCGGCAGGAGUUUCACAACACGGUAAGUGAACAUACUAACACAGGAAUCAACACAACACAGCAUGUGCUGCGAGAAACGCAGCAGCAACGCAUAGCACGCCCGGGCUCUCAGCAAGCUUACACGAACUUGGCAAGUGACGAGAACUACCUUAUCUCGCCCCAUUCAACUCCUCAGUUGUCUGGUUUUGAAGGACAGGCUUUUGAUGGGCUUCCAGGCCCCCACGGUAUGAACGUGUCCUUUGAUAUGUUUAACGGCUCAAUGAGCACAAUGAUGAAGAAGAACCACGAGAGCUACUCCGAUAGUAUAACAGCGUCUCAGGACUUUGAACUGUUUCCCAGCAGCGCCAUGUCCACGCCCACCUUCAUAUCCUUCAGCGAAAGCCCAGGCGGCGCACCGGCCUGGAUGUCGGAAGGAGAGAUUUCGCACAGUGGUCGCAACUCUCGAAGGAUAAGUAAUGGGAUCAUGGACAGAGUGGUCAAGUUUGAGACCCUGCGCGUCGAAGACCCACAAAGACCACUUACACCACCACACCAGAAUGCAAAUGACUACUUCCCCAUGACCCCCAUGGAAACACCCCAUGGCAGAACCAUCAAGCACACCCGCCAGCCACAACGGUUCAUGGAAGGAUAUGAUGAGUCGAUGGAGGAGACCGUGAAGCCCGGACGCCACCAACCAAGCCGGGCAAGGACCACUUUCGAUGAGAUGCGUCAAGCCGCAGAAGUGCAACCCUCCAUGCCAAACUCGCGCAGAUCCAGUGUAUAUGACGGGCCCAUGACAAACGGCGCCUUCAUGGACAUGUCCCAGGUCAACGCUGGUAUGACAAUCAACACACAGUUCGAAGGCUUGCCGAUGGCUGCACACCCUCUAAGCGCAUCGAGCAGUUUCUCACAACACGCUUCACCAAUGGCAUCUCAUUUCGGUAGCGGUGCAUUUGACCUCAAACAGGAUUUCCGAUUUCCUGCUGUUGCACAGGAGGCCUCAGCCAAUGAGGCACAGUCUACUGAGAUGCCUUCUCGCCGCCCCUCGCCGCACCACCGUAGGACUGAAUCGGUGGCCAGCAUCGCCAGCGCCGCCAGCAUUGCUAGCCUGGAUAUCGAGCAGACAAGGACAACAACAGGCAUCACUCUCGAUGACAUCCACCAGUAUAUCCAAGGACCUGAAGCCAUUGACAACAAGUGGGUUUGCGUCUUUGAUGACUGCAACAAGCGUUUUGGUCGGAAGGAGAAUAUCAAGUCGCACGUUCAGACACAUCUCAACGACAGGCAGUACAAAUGCCCUAACUGCCACAAAUGUUUCGUGCGACAACAUGACCUGAAGCGCCACGCGAAGAUCCACACGGGUGUCAAGCCCUACCCUUGCGAAUGCGGCAACAGCUUCGCUCGCCACGACGCUCUGACUCGACACAAACAGCGGGGUAUGUGUAUCGGAGCUUUCGACGGCGUGGUACGCAAGGUGGUCAAGAGAGGACGCCCAAGAAAGCACCGACCCGAUAUGGACGAACGAACAGACAAGGCAGAGCGCAGUCGCAGAAAGAACAAGUCCGUCUCCUCUGCUUCGUCUCAGUCUGGCUACUCCGACAGCUCGGCUGCCAACUCCCCUGAGAACCCUGAAAACGAUUUCGAUAUGCUAGAUGAUAUUAUGGACGUGUCUAUGGGCGGUUCCACGAUCAGACCAAGCAGCUUGCAAGAGAUGUCCUCGUCGGCGCCGAUGCCCUCGCUUGGAGCGGGCCUUAACGCCAGUGCUCACUCGCCAUCUGCGGCGAGCAUACAUUCGUAUGUGUCGCAACUUUCACACAUGUCUCUUCAUCCUGAUCCCGUCGUGGAGGGGCUGCCAUCACACCCGGCAUCCCCGGCCAAGAGUGUCGCUAGCCACUACAACGAGGUUCCCGAGCUGUCGCAGUCGUCUUCUCCACCGGCGUCUAAUCGCUUCUUCGAUGUUGAUUCGAGAGCCUCACAAGUCGGCCUGCUCAUCACCACGGCAGGUGAGAACGUGAGUCUUCCAGCACUAGCUGGUAUCGAUGACGAGGAUGACCUGCUUCUGCAGUUCACCCACGGAGACCCCGGCAUGCUGAUGCUGAGUUCGGACAGCAAGUUUGAGGAGGCAUUCAACCCCGUGGAUAUGUACAACGACACCAGCAACAACGAUGUAUUCUUCGGUUAAACAGUUUCAGCUGUAUCGUCUUUUUCACGAUUCUUGCACAUGAUGUACGGUAUACGAUAUCUCUUUGUUUUUUUGAAGCCUUCAGCGUCAGGUUAGACGAGAAAUGGUGUGAGACCUACUUUACGAUGCUCAUGUCAGAAUGUAAUGCCGGCGGGGAAAAGUUGUAAGCUAAAGAUGGGAAACAACGGUCAAGGUUGAUCCGGGGUGUUGGAUGGUUGCCUUUUUAAAGAAGACCCUAGGGCUUCGUCAUGGCUCAUUGGCGUCGGCGUUAAGACAGAACGUCGCAGAUGACGAUGACCGGUUCUUCGGUAUUCAUGGGUUUGAUUUUACAUAGGGAAAUUCCAUGAGAAUAUUGUCAGG